ACAUUUUCUGAAAAAAUAAAAUCAAAGGGAAGAUAAAACAGAAACAGACCGGCAAAAAAUAGUGAGAGAGAGAGAGAGAGAGAGAGGAGUGAAAAGGAAAAAUGGAUGGUAGAGGAGGUUGCUGCAUAGCUAGAUACGGUGGAGGAGGAGGUGAAGGUAGCGCUGGUUAUGAUAUGUCAACAAUAGAUCGUAUAAUGCUAAAAUUCCGGCCGAUCGCGCCUAAACCGGCAAACACCUUUUCAUCUUCACCAGAGAUAGAUGAGGUUGGUUCCAGGUCAAGCAGAGGCAAGAGAAGAUGCAACAAAACAAACGGUAACAAUACCAACAAUAAGAGGUGUAAAAAUGGUAACAAUAAUAGGAAAAAAAAGGUUCUGAGCGAGGAGAAAGUAGGUACGGCGGUGGUGACACUGCCUCUGUUGCCGGAGACACCUGACUUACUAUCACCAAAGCAAGGAAAGAGCGGGCCUACAUGGCUUAGUUUUGGCAGCAAUAAUGGAAAUGGUACUCAUCAUGGUACGAUGUUGUUUGGCAUGUCAGUAGAUCACCAGAACGUGGUGACCCAUCCUCAGAUCAUGAGAGUGGUUAUGGGAUCAUGCGUAACGGUGGAAUGUAUAACGGACACGUGGGUGAAUUUGGACGGAUUAGGGCGUACAGAUGAAGAAAAGAGGAUGAAUCUGGAGAGAGAUACGUGUCCUGGGUUUAUAUCAGAUGGUUUUGGAAGGGUGACGUGGACGAACGAAGCGUACAAGAAGAUGGCGGGCCAGGGAGAGGAUUGGAGAAGAGGUGAGGUGGUGGUGUGGUUGGUGAUGAAAGACAAAGUCACGGUGAUGGAGGCGGAGAGGGUAGGGAAUAACAGAGCGUGGACGUGUAAGGUGAGGGUGCAAAAUCAGAGCACGUGUAGGAAUGUUAAAGAGAGGAGAUCGAUAACAGUACCUUGUGACGUGUGGAGAAUGGAUAGCGGUGGGUUUGCAUGGAGAUUAGACGUCAAAGCUGCACUCUCUUUGGGCUGGUAAUUAGUUAUUAAUAGCAAAAAAAAAAAAAACAAGACGACGCCAUCUUUAUAUUUAUCUAAUCUAUCUCUCUUCAUGAUAUAUAUGUGAUGGUGUUGGUAGUUUAUUUAGCUAUGCCACUAGUCUUUCAAGAUAGCCAGAUCAUGUAACCUCACCAAAAAAAAAAAAAAACUGUGAAUAGUCUUGGUGCCCAUCUUCUUCAAGUUUGUUUUUCCGACUUUUACUGUUCAUUCAAGUUCCUCGCUAUCUCUCUCUCCCUAGGUGUGGUGUUUUAAUCUGUGUUUAGUUAGGGGCAUAAGAUGCAUUUGUUGAAAGAUUUUAAGAAAGGGCGAGUCCGAUUUGUAGCCGGGUGAGGGAAAAAACGCUGCCAAUUCAUGGUUUAUUGUUCGAGAGCUUUAAUUCUGCAGCAACUUUUGCAUGCUUUCUUUCCAGCUGGAACGUGGACAGUACCGGGACAAUGCUAUUUGAGAAGAAGCUGUUUGCUUUUCUUGCUAGUACAUGAAGUGUUCUUACAUCUUUUAAUUUUAUAAAUUUAUAGGCUGUCUUUUAUGAAUCUCAUGAAAUGUGCAGUUUGCUUUAUGUUGUAUUGUAUUGUUAAUGCUAGUUGCUGACAAACGUAUUCGACUUUGUAAGUUGAUCUUUCAACACUACCAUAUGGGAGUUUACUUCCAUUAUGUUAUCCGUUUAUGCACCUCUCACAAAAUUCUCUUCUUCUUUAGAACUGGUAUUGUAUGUAUCAGGUCGAAAGAAAACCUGAAAAUGGAAGCAUCAAAAACAAAGAAGCGUCCCGAAUCUGAUCAAUAUUUUCUGGAUUUGGAAGUCUUGGGUUAUUAAUUAGCCAUUUUGGUUAAAGUUUCCUUGUACCUGCUGCUGCCAAAAAGUUAUGGGGUCAACUAAAAGCUGUAUCGUUGUUCGUAUUGCUUUCUUCUCUCCAAAUAUUCCUCUUAGGUUUUCAUCAGUUUAACACCUGAUGUACGCAGUUUGGUUUUUAGGUAACAGUCUAGCACUGAUGUAUUGUUUCCAACAAUUAUAUUUACAUAAUUUUGACUGUUGUUGUUAAGCAAUUAUAUAUGACCGAUGACAUAUUUUGAGCACUUUUUA